AUAAUAAAGUUUCCAGGUUCUGUCGUUCAAGUAUUGUAUUUAGUAUUUAUAUUUUAUCAUUUGGCAUUUAGCUAUAAGACUAAUGGUAGAAUAGACUGUCAAGGCACUAAACUACUGAAGUUUUACUUUUUAAUUUCAUGAUUUCAUUUAKUUUGGAACAUUUGUUAGCCGACGGUAAUUGAAGUAUWCCGAAAUAUAGUCUUAAAUUGUAUAGAUCUUCAGUAUUUUAGAUAUGUCAACGUCUGAAACGACUAACGGGCAAGUGGCUACUACUCCAGUGGCACCGACUGUUGAUGCCCCACCAGAAUCAAGUGUUUCAGAAUCUCAGAARGUAACUUCCUCCGAGAACAACGCUAAAAGGCUGAAAAAUCCCAAGCAUAAUGCACCCAUGCGCCAAUAUUUAGACCAAACUGUAGUACCAGCGUUGUUAGUAGGCAUGAAGGAGUUAGUCAAGGAAAGGUAA